AUGGCCUCUGCAGCCUCCCUGGCUGAGCUCCACGCGGAGGCCAGCUGCCCCAUCUGCCUGGGUCCCCUGACAGACCCAGUGACCAUCGCCUGUGGGCACAACUUCUGUGUCGGCUGCAUCGGGCAGCGCUGGGAAGGUCUAGAGCACAUCCUCCCCUGUCCCGUGUGCCUCCACCACUGCCCCGACAGGCACUUCCGGAGGAACACGCAGCUACGUCACGUGAUUGGUUUGGUCAGGCAGCUUCCCGGCGCCAGGAGCAAGAGGAAGGUGCAGGACGAAAGGCCCCUGUGUGAGCGGCACAAUCAGGCCCUGGCCCUGUUCUGUGAAAAGGACCUGGAGCUGCUGUGUCCCCAGUGCAGGGUCUCCUCCGACCACCAGGACCACCCCCUCAUCCCCAUGGAGCAGGCUGCGGCUGGUCACAGGAAGAAGCUCAAAAGCUACAUGGAGCCCCUGAUGAAGCAGGUUGAGGAUGCUGAAAAGGUGUUAAAAAUGCAAGUCUCAAAACUAUUUCAGUUGAGAUGGAAGCUGGAAAAUCGAAGAUCCAAACUGCGCUCUGAAUUUGAACAAUUUAGGCAUUUCUUGGGCAAGGAGCAGGGUACGAUUCAUAUUAGGUUGCUAAUUGAAGAGAAUCGUGUUCAAGAAAAACUAAUAGAAAACAAAAACCAGUUGUCAGACUACCUUUCCACACUCAGGAGUCUGCUUAGUGAAAUAACCAAGAAGCGUCUGCAGACAGACCUAGAUUUACUGACCGGCAUUGAAAGUCUUCACAACAUGUAUGAACAGCUAGAGACCCCAGCAGUCUUUUCAUAUAAGUUAAGGAAGGAGAUCUGCAGUCUCCCCCCACAAUAUUUUGGGCUGCAGAAAACGAUCAGCACAUUUCAGGUAGAUUUGACCCUCGAUCCCCAAACUGCUCAUCACAAUCUUCUUAUCUCAGAAGAUAGGAAGACCAUCACAUUUCAAAAGAUGAAGCCAAGUGGUGCUAAUAAUCCCCGGACAUUUACUUCUCACCCAGCUGUCCUGAGUUGUGAGGGAUUUGCUGCUGGCAGGCAUUUUUGGCAGGUAGAAAUCGGUGGCUUCGGCGAAUGGUCCAUGGGCGUGUGUAAGGAGUCUUUCCCCAGAAAUGUUCUGAUAGCUCCAUCGGCAAACACUGGCUGCUGGCAAAUUCAGUUCUGGACCAGUACAUGCGGCACAGAAGACUCAGCAAACCUCAGGCACAUCGGCAUUUUUCUGGACUAUGAGUUAGGAGAAGUUUCGUUUUACAAUUUGGGUAAUAAUUCACACUUAUAUACAUUCAGUGAAUCUUUUGCAGAAAAGCUUAUGCCUUAUUUUUCUAUUGGGCCUUCUUCAAAAUCGCUUACAGUAAGUAUAGUCAAAGAUGAAUCCUGA